CAUUGUGCGUGAGAGGGAGAGAGGGAGUGAGUGAGUGAGUGAGUGAGUUGGGAGAGGAGAGGGAAGGAGGUUUAAAAGCAAUUGUUAUUGAAGCAUUUUCACUUCAGUCCAAGGAGGUGCAGCUGGGGUUGGAUAUCGAGAGCUGAGAGGAACUGGAGAGAAGAAAGAACCACACACACAAAGCUAAAGGAGAUGGCAGUGCAUCAAGAACAAAUCCACCACACACUCCAAUUUACCAAUGUGCCAACAGAACCCAGGCAAACAGCUGUGAAUUUGCCUAUGUAAAAUAAGAGGUAACAUCUCUACCUAUUUUGUUGCUGGGAAAUUUCCUCACCUUUGUAUUGGUGCCAAAGUGCCAGUAUGAGGAAAACAAGUACAUUCAGCCAGCCAGGGAUUGUGCUUCUUCUGGUCACAUGUCCUUUGCUGAGCAUUCUGCGUGGAGUUACCUGUAAGGCUGAGAGUGGACACCUUGGGGACUCCGAUCCUGACAGGUGUAUGAGACACCAUUUUGUAGAGACAAUCACACAUCCCAUCUACAAGUGCAACUCCAAGAUGGUACUCCUGGCUCGCUGUGAAGGUCACUGCAGCCACACAUCUCGUUCAGACCCUCUCAUUUCCUUCAGCUCUGUUCUUAAGCAACCAUUUAAAAGUACGUGCUUCUGUUGCCGCCCGCACACCUCCAAACUGAAAGCAGUGCGUCUGCGGUGCUCUGGUGGGAUUCGAAUAACUGCCACCUACCGAUACAUCCUUGCAUGCAGCUGUGAAGAAUGCAACUGAACGGGCUUGCCAAGAAGAAGGAAAUGGCUAUGCCCCAUUUUAUAUGUGUUUUAUUGCUGUCCAUAUUAAACAAACUAUUACACGAUUCAUUAGAAGUGCUGGUAUGGAUGGAGAUUAAGCCAGCAGCAUAAAAAACUAAGAAAAGAAACAUUCACGAGUCGGUUGCACCUGGGCCUGCUCUCUGCCAGUUGAUUAAUUUCUAAUGCAUUCCACUGCUUUGAUCACAGCAUGUGAAAAAUUAUGGAUGCUGGCAACAACUUUGCAGUUUAGGGGCGUUAGAACUUAGAACUUAGAAGGAACUGUAUCCAUUCGAGCUGGAGACAUUCCAAAGAAAGCGAGGAACUCUUGGGAAUUGUUCACAGGUUGCAGAGAUGCCAGGGUAAUGUCUCUAUUGCAGCUGUUGGACAUUGAAAUGUCAGUGCUCUGACUAUAUGUGGAAAAUGGCCAUUUACUGUAAGUCUGGUCAAAUAUAGCAUGUAAGGUUCCUAUCAUUAUGUUGAACAGGAAUGAGUUGUCAAAAGAAUAUUAAAGUUUAUAAUGACAGAAAUGCCCAUUGGGAUACUUUGUUAAAAAUCAUCAGUGAAUGUUGCAUUUGUUUAAGUUACCAUCAAAGUUUCAUUAGUUUACAAUAAGACAGAGCAGCCUUCUAUAAAAUGUUUCUGUCGUGCUUUGCUGUAAUUGUACCCUUUGCAAAGUUGCACAGAGUUAAGCAAUUAUAAAAAAAAAAAAAAAAACUGACAGCUGUGUUGACUCCACAUGUGAAUCUAAUAAAUUACUUCCUUUUGUUUGUA